CACAACACUCUCAUUCUCACACACAAAACACACACUUACACCGUACACACAAAACCCAAAUUUCUUCAGUUUCCUUCAUAAAAUCUCGUGAUCUAACCGCUCAAAUUGCUUCAAUUCGUCCAAAUCUUCAAUCAAACAAGUUCAAUCGAAGAUACAUCACAACAAUUUCGUGAAAUUGGCGCGAGAUUGGCGCCAAAUUGCAGAAUAAUACGUGUAAACUGUGUGUGAAUUGUGCAAAUCGUUUAGGUUAACGUUCGAAUGACGGAAAUUGGAGUGUUUAGAUGGAGAACAGUGUCGGUGAUGGUGGUGAACUGUGUGUUGUUAGCGUCGGUGUGUGUUUCUGCUGAAAAUGUAACGGCGGUUGCAACAGGUUAUUAUGGCGGUGAUGAUGAGCCGAAAACGACGGCGUAUUAUGUGAAACUGGUGAAGAGUUUGUUUCAGACUGAUGGAUCUGGUUAUCAGCAUGUUUGGCCUGAAAUGGAAUUUGGGUGGAAAAUUAUUCUUGGUAGCUUUAUUGGAUUUUGUGGAGCCGCAUUUGGAAGUGUAGGUGGAGUUGGAGGUGGUGGUAUAUUUGUGCCAAUGCUUACCUUAAUUAUUGGGUUCGAUGCGAAAUCCGCUACUGCAAUGUCAAAAUGUAUGAUCAUGGGUGCAGCAGCCUCAACCGUUUAUUACAAUCUUAAACUAAGGCAUCCGACACUCGAUAUGCCAAUUAUUGAUUAUGAUUUGGCAUUGCUUAUUCAACCAAUGUUGAUGCUUGGAAUAAGUCUUGGAGUUGCAUUUAAUGUGAUUUUUGCUGAUUGGAUGGUUACGGUUUUAUUAAUUAUUCUUUUUAUAGGCACAUCAAGCAAGGCCUUCUUCAGAGGUGUUGAAACAUGGAAAAAAGAAACAAUUAUGAAAAAGGAGGCUGCUAAGCGCAUGGAGAGCAAUGACGGCGCUGAGGUAGAAUACAAGGUUCUUCCUGGUGGUCCCAGCAAUGGAAGUACAACCAAACCCGAAAGAAUAUUGAAAGAAGAGGUUAGUAUCCUUGAGAAUGUUUGUUGGAAAGAACUAGGACUUCUUGUCUUUGUUUGGAUCGCGUUCCUCGGUCUGCAAAUCGCGAAGAAUUAUACAUCUACUUGUUCAACAUUGUAUUGGGUGCUAAACUUAUCACAGAUUCCAAUUUCUCUUGGGGUAUCUGGUUAUGAGGCGGUUUGUUUAUAUAAAGGAACACGAGCUAUAUCAUCAAUGGGCGAUUCGGCCAGCAACCUUACCAUAGGACAGUUGGUUUUGUAUUGUUCUUGUGGUGUUCUAGCGGGUUUGGUUGGUGGCUUACUCGGCCUAGGUGGCGGUUUUAUUAUGGGCCCACUCUUUUUGGAGCUUGGAGUACCUCCACAAGUUUCAAGUGCAACAGCCACAUUUGCAAUGACGUUUUCGUCAUCUAUGUCUGUUGUAGAAUACUACCUUCUAAAGCGUUUCCCGGUUCCUUAUGCUGUUUAUUUUCUAAUUGUGGCAACGAUUGCUGCUUUCAUCGGGCAACAUGUGGUGAGAAAGCUGAUUAUGAUACUAGGACGGGCUUCGUUAAUUAUAUUCAUCCUCGCCUUCACUAUAUUCGUUAGCGCUAUAUCAUUAGGUGGAGUUGGAAUAUCAGACAUGAUUGGGAAAUUUGAGCGACACGAAUACAUGGGAUUCGAGGAUCUUUGCAAGUACGAGGUCUAAAACAAGAUUAAAUUCAUUUCUCCAAACUAGAAUUUGUCGAAAUUCUAUGCUAUGGUGACUUGUACCUCGUGCUGCGAAGGAUGUAUUGUGCGAAGAAAGGGAGGCUUAGCUCAAGAUUGUUUCAUUUAUGCAUGUCCAUUUUAGAUUCAAAUUGCUUUUGAAAGUUACUGUUAAUACACGGAUGAUCGUGGGACUUUGUUGGACGUUUGUUGUUUCGAACGAAACUUUCGUUGAAAAUGUUUUGUGGUUCUGUUCGAGUUGAUUUGUAUAAAUUUGUCGGUUGUUUUAAGUCAUUUUAUUGUUUUAAAAAGAUAAAACUCGUUUUGUUUUGCUUUA